AUGUUGGGCUCAAUUGAGGUCAUAAGUCGAGGACUACCUCUACUUUAGGGCGCCCAAGGACGAACCGAGCCGGCGCUGUUUCCCCACCGAUAAGGGAAGGCUGGUGGGGCUCCACGCCGGCUCCACCUCCCUGGCGCGGCGCUGGGGCAGCUCUUCGGUUCCUCCCCGACCUCCCCGCCCUGCGUGCCUCUGACGCGCCGAUCCUUUUCUCCUCGUGCGCUCCCUCAGCUCUCGCCGCUCAAAGGGCGGCCAGGCGGGCUCGAAGCAGCAGCCGGUCCGAGCGCUGGCAGCGGAAACAGCCACCUCCCUGCCCCGACGCUAGGCGAGCGAACGAGGCACCUGCCCGGCCGCUCAAGCAACCCAACCCCGCCGCUUCCGACUCCUUCAGGAGCGCCCGCUGGGGCGGCUUCGCAGCCUUGGUGCUCGGCUGGCGGGUCCUCCUUUCGCGCGGAGGGCUCGCUUGAGGAAUCUCUCCGCAAGGUCAGCCCGCCUGACGUCUGCGCUGCUGCCGCAGCGACGGCGGCGGCGGCCGAGGAGAAGGCUGCAGCCGGUUCCUCCUGCCCUGCUGAGAGAUUGAUGCAACGAGAGCUGUCUGUAUCCUUUCAGCCUGAGCAGAUCUUAGAAAGAAUUUGUAAUUGACACGGCACGAAGUUGCCUAGCGUUUGUACUGUGUCACAUUUCCAUGGGGACUGUACAAGAUCCACUGAGAUCUACUAAGCUUUCAUUAGUUACAACUGAAGAAUCUCCUAAACACCAGUGCAAGCAAGCAAGCAUAGAAAGCAAUAGUAAUGGAUAUCCUUUUACUACCAAGGACCAGCCUUCUGAGGGAUGCUUGUUUGAGGUGAACUCUGACAGAGACACCGGUGUUCCAAAGAGUGAGUGGGAUUGUGAAUAUGACACCAAGCAUCCAAACACGCUUUCUCCUGGGUCCUUCAGUUCUUCCAAAGAAGGCAACAUGGCAGCUCCAGAACCAGUAAGUUAUGCUAAGCAGGAAGGCUCCAGAGCCAAAGUCCAAGCCCCAGCACUUGAAGACCACACUUCAGGGCAUGGCGAAGUUAAAGUGUCUCUUAUUCAGGAAGCUAACAGAAAUAUUCCAAGUGAUAGUGGACAAUCAUAUAAUACAACUGAUAAAGCAACCACACUGUCUGGAGGAGACCUUGAUGGUGUGGAGAGCAAAUCCAAUGAUUAUUCUAUUCUUCCUUCCCCUCCUAAAUAUUCUGAUAUCCAGCAAGCAGUUCCUGCAGGGAAGGGACACAUGUGUGAAAUUAGUGUCUCUGAAAACAAUCAAGUCUUGGUUUCAAAAGAUGAGUUGGAUCUCAAUCUGAAAGCCCCUGCUUGUGUGGAAACAGAAUUGGGGAGUACAAGGAAUGCACUUUUUUGUCCUAAGAAUGAGCUACAGACUACAUCUGAAUGCAACCUUAAGAGCACUCCAGAGACAUCAUGUAGUGAUGAGCCUGAAGCAAAGGUGGUUCCAAACUUGUCCAAAUUCCAAGACACGGGUACAAUGACAACAAAGCCUGAGAACAGAGCUGUAGAUGCAGAGACAAUAAGCAGGACUCAUCAAGAUGCUGAGGUUCAAGCUGUAGCUAGUAUGGAAAGCAAAUCAGCUUCUACUAGCCCAAGUAUCAUGACUGCGUUCUUAAGAGAGAACAUGUCUCCUGAAGCAAAACAGGACCAAGAUCAGUUGCACAUUAUUUAUAUGGGAGCUAGAGGGAAAGAGCAAUCUGAAAUAAUUGGUGACUUUGCAGCAACUGUCCAAGCACCUUCGUCUAUUGGCAUCGUGCACAAGGCACAUGUUCAAAUACCAGCUACAAUAGAAAGGCCUCUGGGAAGUCCUACUGUCAAACUUCAGAAGAAUCUCACAAACAUGUGUGACCCAAUCUGCUCAGCUUCGCUUGAUAAGGCAGAAGAGAUAUGUUCAGUGGCAUCUGAGAAUUCUCAAGAAACUUUGGCCAAGAGGACAGAAGUGCAAAUGACAGACGUGGCUAAAAAUUGUGGCAAUGUUCCACAGCGACUGCCAGACAGUUCAGUUUUGCAGAAAACAAGACCCAUUUCCCAAAUUAGUGUCAGUCCUAGUAAUAAGCCCAUGUCUAUCCAGCACCCUGCAAACUUUGAAACUAAACUACCUCCAUGUUCUUCAAUCCCAGCCAUUGACAGUAAAUAUCAACACUCUGAUUCUUCUUUGUGUCACAGAACAUCUGAACAAGCCAAGGCUAUCGUUACCAGUAUGAAUACUAAGAGGACUCAUCAGGAGAAACAGCUGCAGAUCAAGACUGUUGAUAACCUUGAGACAACUCUGCCUAAUUUCCCCAUUGCUGUAAAUUCAAAGAAAGAAGGAAAGGGUCAUGUCAUAUCUGAAGAACAAAAGAUGAAUACGACAGGAUCUGUUACUGGUUCUCAAACAAUGAGUGUUCCAGUUGUAGCAGAAAACAAGCAGGAUAUGGUUCCUGGGGAUACCAAGGCAGAAACUUUAGUCAGUCACAAUCCAGCUUCUGAGCUGAGUAGAUGUUUUGCCACCGCUAUAGGAAUCCAGAAUGAUGAAAUCCAGAAGGGUCCAGUGCUUGAUGUACCAGCUCCUCGAACAUCUUCAAGUCCUAUACCAUGUUUUGGUGAAAAGAAGAAAGGAUUCAAGGCUAUUGCUGCUGAGGCAAAAGUGCAUCUGAAGCAAUCCAAGCGUGUCAGGGAUGUCAUGUGGGACGAACAGGGCAUGACCUGGGAGGUUUAUGGAGCAUCUCUAGAUCCAGAAUCUUUGGGAAUUGCUAUCCAGAACCACUUGCAGAGGCAGAUCAGAGAGCACGAAAAACUCAUUCAGUCUCAAAGCUCCCAAGCCCGUAAAUCAAUUUCUUCAGAUACAUCUUCAAAUAAAAAACUGAAAGGGAGGCAUCCCAAUGUUUUUCAUUCCAUGCUACAGAAUUUUCGACGCCCAAAGUGCUGCGUUCGUCCUGCUGCUUCUUCUGUGUUGGACUGAAAAAAAAAGUCAGAAAUGAAGAUGGGAAAGCAAUACAUCCAUUUGUGUGCAUUUGUGUACUUGUACAAGGAACUCUAUGGAUGUUUGAGUUUCUAAUACACUGAUACAGGGUUGAGGGGAGAGGAAAUUAUGACAGUAUAUUUUAUUCCCGCUAGUUAACAUGCCUUCAUCUGUCUAAUUUCUACAAAUAACACAUGAAAUAUUCACGUUCAUGCUGAAACCUCCCAGUCAAUUGCCAAAUAAAAUAUGAGUACCUCGUAAAGCACAAUUCAGAACUGUCAGGUUACAGUAGCUUUAGAUAAAAAGAGAGGGGAGACAAAAUCUUAAAUAGAUUGUUUUGUUUUUUUCAUGAGAUAAUGUAGAAAAAGAUUCCCAAACUGAGGAGUGGAAAGAAGGAAAGCUGGGAUGGGUUCAAGUAGAAGGGUUAGAAGGAAUGGUGCUUUCUUAACUGUAUAAACCCUUCAAAGUUGAGACUCAUCUACAGAUUAGAUACAGGACCUGGUGCCCAAAUCCUUUCAGGUAACUUUUACUGUAGGCCAGAAUUCUCCAACAUUUCUGGCUUUGCGGACUGGCAGGGGUGAGAGGGAAUGGUUCUAUGUGAGUGGCCGGCAAGCGCGCACACGCAACUCCAUUAGUGCGAGUGGUGUGCACUCGUGCCUGCCGCUCACUUAAAUGGAGUGCUCCACUCACCCACUGCUCACGCAAGUGAAGAUGUCUGUGCGUGGGCACACGUUCGCCAGCCAUUUCCACGGCUUGGUUGCAAACCAGAGAUCCACAGGUUGGGCACCCCUGCUGUAAGCCCAUUGGCAGCCACUGUCAGCCUUGCCCCACUGAAGGUGGUUAAUCUCAAAUGGAAAGUGCAUAAGUCUCCAAUCCUUCAAAACCAGAUUUGAGACUUCCGUGUAUUCAUUUAUAUGCUGAUUUUAAUUGUGGAAACCUUUUGGAAAAAGUAUACAUUUGAGGUUUGAUGGCUAAUAACACCACAUUUUUUUGGACUGGUGUUGGACUAUAUAUAAAAUUAUAUAUCAAUGGAAAGAUAAUUUAAUCAAGAAUAAUGCAAUAACUUUUAUGAAGGAUUUGCUAUUAGAAUAGCAGUUAUAAAAAAGAAAAGUGAAACACGUAGAAAAAACGAGAUAUACAAAAAUUAUCACCAUGUCAGUUAAUACUUAGUUGAGUAACCUUUAGCAUGAAUUACGGCCUUACAAUGUCUUCCCAUGGAGUGAACCAAGUUCUUUAGUUCUGCAUCUGUUAUAAUGUGAAACCAAGAUUGAAUGAUUGCUUCUAUUAACUGGGUUUUAUUGCUGGGUCGCUUCUGACUAACAAGUUUCUUUAUUCGGCUCCAUAGAUUUUCAAUCGGGUUAAGGUCUGGGCUAUUCCCAGGCCAUUCCAACAGUGGAAUAUGAUUAUCUUGAAACCACUUUUUCCAGAUGGCAGCAACAUGACAUGGAGCUGAAUCCUGUUGAAAUAUAAAUGCUUCAUUGUUUUGGAAAAGAUCAUGUGCGGAAGGCUUCAGUUUGGGCUCAAGUACUUCAUUAAUGUAUUUUUGGCCAUUUGUAUUCCCAUUAAUCACACAAAUUCUGAUCACACCUUUUGAUAUCAUACAACCCCAGAUCAUAACACUGACUGGGUGUUUCAUGGUACAUGUAAAUCAAUCAGGAUGCAAAUCUUCUCCGAUUCUUCUCCUUACGUAUUUUAUGCCAUCACUACCAAACAGGCAGAUCUUGGUCUCAUCAUGCCAAAUAACACUGUCCCAUUGUUCCUCUGUCCAGGUAACAUGGGUUUUAGCCCAGUUUAGUCUUUUCAAUCUUUGUUUGAUAGAUAAAAGUGGAUUUUUUUCAUGGAAUUCUAGAUUUUAGGCAAAAUCCCUGCAGUCUGUGCCAAACAGUCCUUGCACUCAACUUCACAUUGCAUUGCACCAUUUCAUCUUGUAUACACCCAGAUAAUUUUCUUCUGUCACGUAGGCACAGGCUCUUAAUUCUUCUAUCAUCGCUUGCUGUUGUGUACCUUUUCCUGCUUUUACCAGUAUGGUUUUGUAGUGACUGGGUCUCCUUAUACCUCUUCAAAAACUUAGAAAUGCCACCUUUGGUUAAGUUUCCACCAAUUUUUCUUCUAAUUUCUUUAUACCUGUAGCCUUGUUCACUUAAUAAUACUAUUUUACAUCACUUCCUGGGCGACACAAACAGCAUUUCACAUAAUGCUAGAGAAAAUAGGAUGGAUGGAAAUCUAGAGUGGAUUGGAGAAGUUAAAAAUUGGUAGAACCUUUUGCAGUCUUUUCAAAUACAUAUUUCCAGCCUAUUGAUGCCUGCUGCAUAGAUAUUGUCUGCUUGUUUCCUGAUAUUGCCUGAUGGCUAGGGAAUUCUGGGAGUUGAAAUCCAUGCAGAAUAAAAUUGCCAAGGUUGAGAACAGUCAUCAAAGGGAAAAACAACUGCAUUUAUAGAAAAAUAUUCAAAUCAUUGUAUAGUGAACCAGUCACCUACUGAUCACUGGUUUAAUUUCUUGUGUACAUUUCCUAUGACUAUAUUGCAUAUUCCAGCCUUUCCAAAUACUUUUUGCCUUCCAGGUAUAUUGGAUUAGAAAUCUUGGAAGCUAUAAUUCCAAUAUUUUGAGAGUUCCAAGUUUGGGAAAGGUUCUUCUAGAACAGGGGUGUCAAACUGCUGGCCCAUGGGCCGGAUGCAUUAUAGCAAAACCGCGCCCACCCCAUUGCCGGCAAUGGAAAAAAA